AUGCCGCUUCCUCACUCCAAACGAGUCGCUAUCGUUGGCGGCGGCUGCACUGGAACCACUUGUUUCUGGGCAUUGCAACAAUCGGCGCAUGAUGUCCACCUAUUUGAGGCUUCAGCAAGCUUGGGUGGGCGUAUCAAAUCCCUACCAUUAGAGCAUUAUGAGAAAGUAGUCGAUGUGAACACAGAAUCGCCAUCCUUCAAUGCUGAGGCUUCUCCCAAUCUCGUGUCUUUGCUCCGCUUCCUAGGAAUAAGCACAUCCACUGUACCAUUUGCUUUUGGUGUGUCAGAUGGUGUAGACACUUAUGACUGGUGUGGUGGCGUUUUGAAUACUCUUCUCCUGCACCCGUGGAUGUUGUGCAGUUUAGGAACUGUUCGUUUGUUGCUCGACAUCAUAUGGUUUAAUUACAUGGCCAUGGAUAUAUUGAUAGACAAGCGUCCAUCCCGUGACAAAACCAACGUUCAGCAGUCGCUCAGCACACUUGAAUUCCUUUCGAACGAAGGGUAUUCAAAAAGUCUUUGCGACCAGUAUCUAGCGCCGUUGCUUUCAACCCUAUGGGGGAUAAAUAUUGGAAGGCUACUUCCGCAAUUUCCUGUGAAAACCCUCAUUCACAGCUUAUGCGACCAUCAGCUCUUUGGUAUACGGCGAACAACGCCGGAUUUUCGCCGUAUCGAUGGCGGAGCAAACCAUGUUGUUCAGACCAUGGUCAAAGGGUUCUCCCCUGAGAAUGUGCACCUCAAUACCAGGGUCCGGGAGAUAACCCGCGAGGGUAAAAGGCAGUAUAGCCUUCUCACAGCGGAUGGUAGAGAAUCAAAUUUCGAUCAUAUAAUCUUCGCCGUGGAUAACAACGAGAUUCUCAAGAUACUGGGUUCCAAUAUAGAUACCGAUGAAACGGAGAUCAUCCAGGGGCUCAAAACAACCAACAAUAUCGCCGUCUUACACUCAGACCCUUUUCUGGCACCCAACAUUCACGGAUCUUGGCCCACCAGCAACUACACCCUAGACCCCUCCGACCACACCCAGCAUGAACCCCCAGCCUGGGCUCCCCGCAAGUCCUGCCUCACGUACAACGUAAAUUCCCUCCAAAGUAUCCCAACUCGUCUCUUCGACCGGCUAUACACCACUCUGAAUCCAUUUACGCCGCCACAUCCCCGAUUCGCCCACAGCAUAUGGGAGUACACCGACCCAGAGCUUAGCACCGCAACUCUCCAAGCUCAAAGCCGUCUUCCGUUAAUCCAGAACAAGAGGGGGUUAAGCUACGGCUUCCGUUGGACCGGGCGUGGGUUUCUCGAAGAUGCGGUUACUUCUGGUCUCGAGAUUGCUAUUGAGCAUUUAGAUGCUCAGGUGCCUUUGGGGGUUCACUACCACCCUGAUCCCAUGUGUUCCUCGAAAUCACCGUUUACAGAGCUAGGUUUGAAAGACCAUCUUGUUCGGACGGCACUUUGUCUGGCUCGGUUCUAUGUUCUAGUUUUCCAGAUGUCGUGGAUCUUACUGGGGGCGCUUGGGUUCCCUGUAUCGAGGGUUGAGACUAUGUUUGAGUGGAUGUUGGGUGGGGAUAGAAUGCUUAAAUCUUAG